AUGAGUGGCUCCAAGACGGCCCUAGGAAUACUGGGUGGUGAGGACGAGCUGCUGCAAAGCUUCGUCCGUGUGGGAUUGCGCACGGAUGGUGACGAUGAUCAGCAGCAAUCGAACGUGGGAUUCAGUGGUGCGGCAAAUAGUGGCACUACUGGCAAUGGGAGCGGCAGUGGACCCCAGAUGGCCACCAUGCAGCAUCAACCGUCCCAGGGAAGGCUCGAUACGCACCUGAUCCGACAGUACUCGGAUCAUUGUUCGGAUAUGAGCGACAAGAAUGCACCGAGAAAGUAUCGGGAUCUGUUUAACGAACCAGUCGAUGUGAAGAAGCGCCGUUACUUCGACGAAGUCUAUACCGACAAGGAUAGGGCCGCUGCGGUCAGCAUAGGCAACUUCGACAUCAAGCAAAAUCUGAUCAACAAACGGCGCCAGGAGCGUAACGAGGCGCUGCAGCUACCGGAAGAAGCCGAUCCGGGGGCCAUCCUUGCGCUGGGAAUGCGAGAGAUUAAGAACGGCAACAUGGAUAAUGCCGUUUUGUUCAUUUCCAAGGCACUGGAAAUGAAUACAAACGACCAGAAUGCGCUGGUGGCCCGGAGCAGGUGCUUCUUGCAGCUCGGUGAACCAGGGAAAGCGCUGCAGGAUGCGGAAACGGCCCUCGUGCUGGACAAGAAUAACAUCCGGGCGAUCUACCAGAAGGCGGAAGCACUCUACUAUCUUGGCCAGUUCGAGCACAGUUUGAUGUUUUUUCACCGCGGGUUGCGCUUGCGCCCGGAGCUGGCCAGCUUUCGACUGGGUGUCCAGAAGACGCAGGAAGCGAUCGAGAAUACGAUCGGCAAUAAUACGAAGAACCAACCGCAGAAGAAACCGGUCAAGGCGGAGAAACCGAAAUCGGCCAAACGUACGCAGCUCUCCCGGGAGGAACUGGAAAAGCGUGCUUCACGUCGAUUGCUGGGAGAUCUGUACAUCGACAAGGAAUAUCUCGAGAACUUGCUCAAGCAUCCGGACCUGCGCAAGGCGGACACCAAUACCGAGUGCAUCUCCGAGUAUGCAAAGGAUGCGAUCAACUUCCUGAACAACCGGCAGGAGUUUUGGCGCCAGCAGAAACCGUGCACCAGCCUGAAUGCGAAGAAAAUAAACGGUGGUUCGAAUGGUAUGUUGCCGCGAUGGCUGUAAAACCGGUGGACGCCGGUGGACCCCGGUGGACGGGGUGUGAUAAUGUAGGAAAUGAGGAAGCAUGCACGAUGAAGUUUUCCAAUAGUUUAUCCAGUAUCUUUAGCAUUUUCUGUAAUAGAGAAAUACUUCCCACAGGUCAGCAGAAGCAGCAGAGUUUCGACCUAAAGUCGUUGUUCGUUUGUAGUCAAAUAGUAGAUUCAAAUGAAAGUAGUGUAAUACGAUGAAAACCAUACUGCGUUUAGUGAUG